AUGUCUAGCCAACCUUUCUCAACCCCGGAGGCGCGGUGGACGGCUGUCCGCACACGAGACAGUAGUGCUGUGGGCUCAUUCAUCUAUGCUGUUAAGACCACAGGAGUCUACUGCCGACCAGACUGCAAAGCCCGACUAGCCCGACGAGCCAACGUCGCCUUCUACGAAGACAUUCCCCAAGCAGAAGAAGCAGGCUUUCGGGCGUGCAAGAGAUGCAAGCCAAAUGCUCCGCCUGAUUACGACAGAGAGCCUGUGUUGGCCAAGAUUCGAGAGGCAGUAAACCACGUCAGGGAAGGGGCUGCACGUGGCGAGAAAGUCACCUUGAAAGAGUUGUCCAGCCGAGUCGGUCUGAGCAAGUGGCACCUACAGCGAGUCUUCACCAAGAUCAAUCGCAUGUCACCAAGGGCCAUGGCCAAUUCGAUCAUCAACACGAUGGAAACAGAAGCAGCCGAGACUUCUGCGCGCAAUGAGGCUGCGAGGGACCGAAGAGAAUCCAGCAGCCAUUCGAGUAUGGCCUCUGACAGGAGUUAUCCGGAUGAAACCGAGAUACACCGAUUGGGUCUGCCAAGCACCUUACAGGAUUUCCCAACGCAGUACGACGAUCCGGACGUUGAUAGUGUGUUGAGAGAUCUGUUCCCUGAGCUCUACUGA